UACAGCGUGUUCUGGCGCACGUUGAAAGUAGAUUUUAAUUUUAAUUUCAAUUUGAACAUAAUGGAAUCAGAUGGCGGCUCGAAGCGGAAAAGGCCCAAGAAGAAGGGCAAUCGCUUCAUGCGGAACGCGAAGGGAUUCGCCAAGCAGGGAAUAUUCGGCAGGGGAACGCACAUUGACGAUGAGCAGUUCAGUUAUUUCAUCAACAUUCUGGACGCCAUGAAGGUGGGAUUCGAGGACGUGGAGGAGCGGGUCAACAUGGCCAACAAUGUGUUCGAGCAGACGCAGGACCAGGAGAUCCACCUGGCCUCCAAUCAGAUCGUGUCCAAGGCGCUGGAGUCGCUGGUAGGAUUUGUGGACGACGCCCAGCUGGAGCGCUACUUCAGCAAGUUUGGCGACAGCCUGCGGCCUCUGUGCUCCGACCGCUUUGCCUCACACGUCCUGCAGAAAAUGCUCGAGAUUGCGUUCCUGCGCGGCGUCGGCAAAGCAGCCGUCCAGGAAACCAGCGAUGCCUCCAGCGCCAACAAGCGGGCCAAACCGGAUGCCGCCCAAGUGGAGGAGGAGUACAACCUGGAGGCCGACUUUAGCGAGGAGCACCGCGAGAAGUGCCGGCAGUUCGUGCUGCGCAUCUCGAAGUUCAUGCUGAACAACCUGGAGGACUUCGUUUGGGACACCUGUGCCAGCCACAUCAUGCGCACCGCCAUCCUGUCCCUGGUGGGCAUGCACGUGCCCAAGAUCGCCUUCGAGAAGGGCGGCACUGAGAUGGCCAAGCACCGCAAAAUGUACGCGGUGCCGGACGAGUGGCAGGAGGUGAUGAAGGAGUUCCCCCAGCGCCUGGAGAUGUGGCCCCAAUUCUCGGACUUCCCCUACCAGGAGCACUCGUCCAGCCUGCUGGGCGUCAUCUGCUUAGCACUGAGUGUGGCGGACAAAAGUAUGCUUAAGCAUUUCGGCAAGAAAAUCCUAACCAUCGGCCUGCUGAAGCCGAACGACGACGACGAGGAGAAGAUGGACACAGACACCAAAAUCGAAAUUAAGGACGAGGACGAUGAGGAGGAGAAGGAGAAGGAGCCAGAGGAGGGCGCUGAGCAGAAGCCAGCAGAGCCGAUCUUACCCAAAGUCUUCCACCAUCAGAGCUCGGUCAUUCUGCUCGAAACGAUUUUGAGCGUGGCAGGGGCCAAACUGUUGACCCAGCUGUAUGCAAUGCUCUUCUGCAACCGCAUCGCCUACCUGUCUCAGCAGCAAGGAACGAACUUCGCCGUCCAGCGCCUGCUCCAGCACAUCAAGGAGGUCCCGGACUUCGAGGCCGUCUUCACCGAACUCCAGCCGCACGUGGAGGCGCUGCUCAAAAUGGGCCACACCGGAGUGGUGUCUGCCCUGAGUGCCGCCUGCCUGCGUCUGGGCGCCAAGCAAGCCCAGAUGAUUGCCGCUCUGCAGAGUGCCCUGCACGUCAGCGGCGACAAGGAAAAGUCGAAGCUUUUCUUCAACUGCCUCGUCAAGCUGAAGCCCUUUGAGGUGGUGGGCGGCGACGAGUCCGGUUUUGUUCACCUCCACGGCUCGCUCAUCACCCAGCACGUGCUGCAGUUCAACAAGCCCAUCUUCCUGGUGAACUGCAUCCUCGAUCUGCCCGCCACCCAGCUGGCUCAGGUCUUCAACACACCCAACGGUUCACACAUCGUGGACGCCUUCAUGCAGAGCAAGUUCAUUGGCGAGAAGUCGAGAGAACGUCUGAUUCGCCAGCUGGAUGGCUUCUACGUCGACUUGGCCAUCACGCGACACGGUUCCCGCGUCUUUGAGCAGUGCUUCAAGGCUGCGCAGGAAGCGCAGAAGCUUCGCAUGGCCAAGGAGCUGUUUUCCAAGGCCAAUAUGCUGAAGGGAUCGCCCCACGGGCGCAUAAUCUACACAAAGUACCGCCUGGACACCUACAAGCUCUCGCCCAGCCAGUGGCAGGAGAGUUUGACCAAGCACCUGGACGCAGAGCAGCCAAAGGAGGCUAAGCGGAAGACGGCCAAGACGGCCGCCGAAGCUUUUAAGGAUAUACUUAGUUAGUACCCAGACUA